CAAGAUCAAUAUGACAACCAUUAAAGCAGGCUCAGUGGUUAACUGUGAACUCUUGUAUUCCUCCGGAAACCGAUAGACUGAAGAGAAAUCAUGCUGGCCACCAGGACUUUGCUUUCAAAACAAACGCUGGCUGUUAUUUCUCGACAGCCUGCCUGCUUCGUUCACCAAGGUGACUACGGCAACUGGGGAAAUACUAACGUGGCAGUGGUUUUCUCAGGAUGUGGCUGGUGGGAUGGGACUGAUGUCCAUGAGGGAGUGUACACCAUGUACCACCUCAGCCGCAACGGGGCUCGCUUCCAGAUGUUUGCUCCUAAUCAGCAGCAGAUGCAUGUGAUUGACCACAUGAAAAAGCAGCCGGCCUCCGGUGAGAACCGGAACAUGAUGAUGGAGGCGGCCCGCUUCAGUCAUGGUCAGGGCAUGAUGCAAUUGCAGGACCUGUCCAAGCUGGACGCGAACAGCUUUGAUGCAAUCAUCUUCCCUGGGGGUCACGGCAUCACUAAGAACCUAUCCUCUUUUGCGAAGGACGGCAAAGACUGCAAGCUGCAGAAUGAUGUGGAAAGGGUGCUGAAAGAUUUCCACCGUUUACGCAAACCCAUAGGACUGGCCAGCAUGGCCCCUGUGCUGGCCUGCCGGGUGCUGCCCAGCAUCGAGGUGACCAUGGGCUACGAGCGGGAUGAGAACACCCGCUGGGGGAACUGGCCUCACACAAACAUGGUGCAGGCUGUAAAGAGCAUGGGUGCACGCCACAAUGUCCGUGAGCCAUAUGAAGCCCAUGUGGAUGAGAAGAACAAAGUGGUCAGCACCCCGUCCUUCAUGUGGGACACAGAGUAUCACUAUCACUAUAUAUUUGAUGGUAUUGGAAAUAUGGUGAAACAUGUCAUGCGUAUGUCGACCAAGUGAGCUGUGACGACGAGCCUGAGAAAUCAAUAGAAGAAGUCGGUGUUGAUGUACAACACACAUGACUGUACUGUGAUGACUUCUUACCUGCAACAAUAAAAAUGUUAUAGUUAACGAGCAAA